AUGUUUUUCUUGGCACAUUGUUGUACCUUUAUUUUACUUAUCUACCUUAGAAAACCAAUCUACAAACACAGGCAGUUCCUUGCAUUUCUUGGACUUGUACUUAUCAUCGUUGCUGUUGUGUAUCUCGACCAUCAAUAUAUACCUCCGUUUCCGAAUUUCUACACUCUUAUACCUAUAUGUGGAGCAGCUUUGAUUAUUCUUUUUGGUGAGAAAAAUACAUUAAUAGGACGUUUACUGUCUACUCGUCUGCUGAGGUGGCCAGGUCUCAUUUCGUAUAGUGCGUAUCUUUGGCAUCAACCUUUACUUGCAUUUGUUCGCCUAAGGUCACAGGAGUCACCCACAUUUUCAACUAUUCUUAUUAUUAUCGGUGCUAUUCCUCUUCUGUCUGCACUUAGCUACUUUUUCAUUGAACAACCAUUUCGCAAUAAACAACGAUUUUCUCAGAGAAUUAUAUUCUGUGCUGCUGGUAUAGCCACCAUAGUCACACUCAUGCUCGCAUUAUUUCUUAUUCGAACUGCUGAUAAUCGAUCAAUGAUAAUGAACAAUGGAGGUGAUCCUUAUUUGCCUGAUUUACAAAAAUAUGGAAAUUGGAAAUAUGUUGUGAAAGCAUUUGAUUAUAGAGCAACCAUUAAUAAUUCAUUUUCAAAUGCAACAAUAAAAUCGAAAAGAAGAAUCGUACUAAUCGGUGAUAGUUUUGCUCAAGAUUUUUAUAAUAUGAUCAUAGAGGGCAGACAUCUCUUGAAGUAUGAGAUAUGCGUGUUCUAUGUUUCUGCACGCUGUCAGAUCUAUAUCGGUCCAGAAGAUAGGCUAAACCUGAUUGAAGCCGGGCAUAGGCAUACGUGUACGAAUGCAUAUGAUAUAAAAUAUGCGCUGCCACUUGUUCGUCAAGCCAAUAUCAUUAUACUAGCAGGUUUUUGGCAAGAAUGGAGUGCACGACGAUUACCAUCAACACUAAAAUUACUAAAUUUAACGAAACAGCAGCAAGUGUUUGUUAUAGGAGCAAAGAAUUUUGGAAAAGUAAAUCCUGCGCUGUACGUGAACAAAUCAAUGGAGUACCGAUUGAAACAAUAUCAAAACUCUCCGGCAGAAGCUCUGAAAAUCAAUCAAUUAUUGGAAGAGACCAUAGAUAAAUCAAUAUUUGUCAAUAUACAGAAAAUGGUUUGUACAGGUCGUAAUGUAACUUGUUCUCUAUUCACUCGAGAUGGAAAAUUAAUAUCACACGAUGGCCUUCAUUUAACUAAAUUUGGUGCUCUUCAUAUAGGAAAUAUUAUUUUUAAAAAUAAACCGUUGAAUAGAUUGUGA